AUGCAAUUUUACGUUGAAAAUCCCUUUAAUGCAAAGAUUCGUGACGUUCAAAGCUGCUUCAUCACCUCCAAGUGCCUCUACUCCACCACCUCCAUCACCCACCCUCCUCCCGUACCUUCUCUCUUCUUCUCCCGUCGCCCUCUUUUCCCUGUUUCUCACGCCGUCCGAUUUCUACCUGUCCACCAUACUCGCUUCACCUCCAUCCGGUGCGGCGUCAACCGCUCCGGAAACUCGGCUUAUUCCCCUCUGAACUCGGGGUCAAACUUCAGUGACCGACCGCCCACUGAAAUGGCCCUGCUUUUUCCUGGGUGUGAUUACGAGCAUUGGCUUAUUGUUAUGGAUAAGCCCGGUGGCGAAGGAGCUACUAAGCAGGAAAUGAUUGAUUGCUAUAUUAAAACCCUUGCCAAAGUUGUUGGCAGUGAGGAAGAAGCUAAGAAGAAAAUUUACAACGUUUCCUGUGAGAGGUAUUUCGGAUUCGGCUGCGAAAUUGAUGAAGAAACGUCGAAUAAGCUAGAAGGAUUGCCUGGUGUUCUCUUCGUUCUUCCGGAUUCAUAUGUCGAUCCCGAAUACAAGGACUAUGGGGUUGAGUUGUUUGUUAAUGGCGAGAUUGUUCAAAGGUCACCUGAAUGACAAAGGAGGGUUGAACCACAACCCCAGAGAGCCCAAGACAGACCAAGGUACAAUGAUCGUACUCGCUAUGUUCGUCACCGAGAAAACAUGAGGUAAAUAAAAAACAAUGAAUGUGUAGAAAUCUUGAAAACAUUAAGCUUUCUGAUGUGUUCUUGGACAUAUUGAAGCUCAUUAUUACUAUGAGCAUUAUGUUUGGUGUUUUCAAGCUGUUCUUGGACACAAUUGAUUUAUGAUUUUGAGGUGUUCAUGGCUUAACCCAGAUUCGAAUUGGAUUUAUGUAUUAGAAUUAGUGUAUGAUCUAAAAGUAUUUGUAGCGACGUGAAA